AAUAAACAAAAGGUAGCAAUAAGUAAAAUAAAACAAAGCAUGACAAGGAAAUAAUAAAUCUCAAAAACCCACAAACCGAAUCCCAACAAUCUGUUUCGGAUGUGAGUUGCAGUUUGGACAGCAUAAGACCAUGUCACUUUUGGUAAUCCUUUCUCUCAUGCUCUUCUAUGCGGAAGAUAGCUCCAUCCCUGCUUAUUAUUUGAAUGAACCAGAAAAUGAUGAGCCAACCACCACUAUCUUAUACGACUAUAAGGACUACUACAGUGAAGGUGUUGAUCCAUCUGUGUUAUCCUGUGAUUAUGGAGUUCGUGCUUCCAACAUCCUACCUGUGUUAUACUCUCUGUUCUUCGUGAUGGGUCUGCUGGGUAACCUGCUGGUGUUAUGGGUGAUCUUAAUGGGUAUCAACCUGAGAAGCAUGACUGACAUCUGUCUCCUGAAUCUGGCUUUAGCUGAUCUCCUGCUGGUCGCCUCUCUCCCGUUCCUGGCUCACUAUGCCAGAGAUCAGUGGGUCUUUGGAGCCCCCAUGUGCACCAUGGUUUUAGGCGUCUAUCACAUUGGAUUCUACAGUGGGAUUUUCUUCAUUGUACUGAUGAGUGUUGACAGAUAUUUAGCUGUGGUUCAUUCUGUGUUUGCUUUGAGAGUCAAAGCAAAAAUAUAUGGGAUCUUAGCCAGUGUGGUCAUCUGGAUCAUUGCUGUUGCAGCAUCGUUUCCUGAGCUUAUGUACCUGAAAACCUAUGAAAACAAUAAUAAAACAUACUGUCAGUCUUAUCCAACAGAUGAUCAGAAAUCACACCAUUAUGGAAAGACUGUUGGUAUUAUUAAAAUGAAUGUUUUAGGAUUAUUUAUUCCACUGUGUGUAAUUGGAUUUUGUUACUCAAUGAUUCUUCACAGACUCUUAACAGUUCGCUCUUCCAGGAAACAGGCCAUGAGACUUGUCAUUGUAGUGGUGGUUGCCUUCUUCUGCUGUUGGGCUCCAUAUAAUAUUGCAGCUUUUGUGAAAGCAUUGGAGAUAAAUAAACUCAUAGAGCCAUCCUGUGAAAAAAGCAAAGCAAUCACUCUUAGUCUUCAGAUCACAGAAGCUCUGGCUUACUCACACAGCGGCUUGAAUCCCAUUCUCUAUGUGUUUGUUGGAGAGAAAUUUAGGAAACACCUUUUCAGACUCCUGAACAAAACACCCAUCAGCAGAUUACAGUUCAUGAAGAGAUACCUUACACAGGCUACAGGAUCCGUUUAUUCACAGACAACCAGUGUGGACGACAAAUCUACAGCAGUGUAAAAGGAGAUAUGUUUGGGAAGCAAUUACAGACAAAAAAUAUGAUUGAAGGUGCAAUGUCGGACUUUUGCAAAGAUCUAUUGAUGGAAAUGCAAUAUAUAGACAAGACAGGCAAGGCACAUGGCCAGAUAAACAUAGCCAAGUGCCUUAACAUAAAACAUGGUACUGCCAGAACCCUGCCACAAAGAGCUAGAAACUAUGGCCCUGUUUACACCUACAUGGUUAUUUUUAAAAACUGAGAGAUUUACCUUCAUUUGUGCCCCUCGUUUACACGCAAACGGAGAACUCGCCUCUGAAACCGAUUAUAUAUAACCUUUAUUUAACUAGGAAAGUCACAUUGAGGUUGUAACCUCUUUUACAAGUGAGACCCAGUCAAGACAGGGUUAGAUAGCAAGAAUAAACAAAUAACAAUCCACAGACAAAACCAACAUCAUUAAUAAAUACAACAAAGAAUACAGCA